UACAAGUGACGAUAGUAUCGCCGAGCGGACCCAUCUGAAAAAGUGCCAUCACUAGCGCCUUAAGAAUUAGUUUGUUGUUUUUUUGCACAAAAAUAUUAACGUUAGUUAUGUGUGCGUGGCCAAAAUGCUAAUUGUUUGGUUAGUGCUUGCCUCCACACUGAGCCGCUGCAUCGGAGCCAGCACGACGAUCUCGAUACCGAUCACCACGCAGGACAUCAUAGCCGGCGACGUGUUUUUUGAAAUCAUCUCGCCCACGGAUUUGGAGUACACUUACCGGCUGCGACCUGCCAAGGAUUUCGGCGCUGCUUUCUCGGAGCGACUGGAGGGUGUGCCGCUGGUCCUCACAGAUCCGCCGGGCGCCUGCCAGAAGAUACGGAACGCCCGCGAUCUUAAUGGCGGCGUCGCGCUCAUCGAUCGAGGGGAGUGCUCCUUCCUUACCAAGACGCUCCAUGCUGAGGCUGCGGGCGCAUUGGGCGCCAUCGUUACCGAGUACAAUCCCAGCUCGCCGGAGUUUGAGCACUACAUUGAGAUGAUACAUGACAACACAUACCGUGAUGCCAAUAUACCGGCAGGUUUUCUGCUCGGCAAGAACGGUGUCAUCAUCCGGUCGACGCUGCAGCGACUGAAACGGGUUCAAGCCUUAAUCAACAUACCCGUCAAUCUCACCUUCACCCCGCCCUCCAAGAUCAACCAUCCGCCAUGGCUGGGCUGGUGACAAGGAUGAGCACCGCGCAUGUGGGACCUAUGUGGACGAGGCACAUUCGAUUUGAAACCAAAGUGCAUAAUUGUAUUUAGAACAAGCAAUCGAUACAGCAACUGAGACUAAUCCUUAGAGUAACAAUAAGUAGCUAAUUUAGUAGACAAAAGCCAUCAAAUGUAAAUAAAUUGCUAAGCAGCCA